GAUUCAAACUUGAGAAAUGGAGGAUUCAGUGUGUGUGAGAAUAGGUAUUUAAGCAUGCUACAAAGGAGUUUGCCAUGCCUGAGAGAAAUACGAUGGUACGCAGGGAACAACAGGGGGACACUCAUUUAUAAAAAGCUAAAGCCACCAUCUUUUCUACAGCAUAAAAUUUGAUGGGAAUUGUUAGAGAAAUUGCUUUUAUUGACAUCUGCAACUCCAUCCAUCUGUAGUCUCCAUGCUCGGCAUUGCCUCGGUUCACCAUCAUUACAUGCCCAGACAGAGGAAGAAGAUAAGUGGAGAAAAGGAGCAAAGCGACUAGAAGAGGUUUACAAACACACAAUUUCUUGUUUGUUUGUGUUGAAAUAAGGUUUUCUUGCAAUUAACCAGGCAUUUGCUAGAUGGAAAAUUUCACACUGAGAAGGCUCGAACAAGGCCGAGCAAGGAUCAGGAGUGUUCCAAUCGCAGUCAGCCCGGAAGGGUUCUGGUGCUGCCCUUCGCCUGCAGCAAUCCAGAGAACACUCAAGAACCAAGAUCUUCAAGACAACAAGCAGAGAUCACAGCUCCCUCCGGUGGACAAACGACCGUCUUCCACUUCACUGAGGUCCAGACUCAUUGCUGAGGACCAGAAAUGCCUCAGCUCCGCCAUCGCCACCCCAAUUCCAUCAAAGGGCACUGAGAGGCCACCGAAGCAAAAGCCCGAGGUCCCGAGAAAGAUAUCUGUUGGGUUUGGUCAGAUGGAGACCAGCGACCUCAAAAUUAUGCUGCACGCUAAGUGCGGCACUUCCGUGAGGAUGAGCGUCCACAGGAACAUUCUCGCAGAGCACAGCAGCUUCUUCGCCGAUAAGCUCUCCGAGCAGUCUCCACUGCCUCAAAUCGAAAUUCUCGAAUGUGACGACGUGGAGAUUUACGUCGAGACUGUUGGGUUGAUGUACACUAAAGAUGCGAAGCACAGGUUGAUCAAGCAGAGUGUUCCACGAGUUCUCCGGAUUUUGAAGAUUGCUGAAACGCUCGGCUUCCAUGCAUGCAUCAAGUCAUGUCUGGAUCACCUUGAAGCAGUGCCUUGGGACGGAGAAGAAGAGGAAAAGGUCGUGUCCGCGAUCAGACAUUUACAGGAUGAUGGGUAUGGAAUCAGUCCCAUACUUAACCGAGUGGCCUCUGGUUUCUGUCACCCACCCAAUGACACGCUCUCUGAAAUAAUGGAGCUGGUCCUGGAGAGCAGCGAAGACAGAGGCCGUCGCGAAAUGAAGUCGUUGGUUCUCAAGCUUCUCAAGGAGAACCUCCUCGUGGCGAAUGGAUCCGCCGAUAUCAGCGUUGAGAGUUUGUACGCCUCGUGCCGGCGCUGCUUAGAGUCGUUGCUGGAUCUCUUCCGACACGCAUCGGAGCUCGCUUUCGCGGACCUGUCUCUGGAGAACAGAGAGCCGGUGGUGCGGCGGAUCAGUCUGGCGGCGGACAAUCUGCUAUGGCUGGUGGAGAUCUUGGUCGACCGGCACGCCUCCGACGAGUUCGCCUGCUUGUGGGCGAGCCAGAACGAGCUAGCGGAGCUGCACUCGAGGGUGCCCAUCGCAUCUCGGCACCUGGUGAGCUGCAUCACCUCGAGGCUCUUCGUCGGCAUCGGCAAAGGGGAGCUGCUUCCUUCCAAGGAGACGCGCAAGCGGCUUCUGCACGUCUGGCUGCAGCCGCUCAUUGAUGACUACGGCUGGCUGCAGCACGGCCGCAGGGGGUUCGAUCGCGAGGUGGUGGAAGAAGGGAUCGGGAGGACGAUUCUGACGCUGCCGCUGGAGGAGCAGCAGAGCAUCCUGCUCUCUUGGCUGGGGACCUUCUUGAAGUCGGGUGACAGCUGCCCCAAUCUGCAGAGGGCGUUUGAGGUGUGGUGGAGGAGGACCUUCAUAAGGCCUUACGUCGAACGCCAUGGGAGCAUUCUGAAUUCUGCAGAUAGGGCUACUUGACUUGCAAUUUAGGCUGCAAAACUACCUCAUUUCUACCCUUUUGUGAUCUGUAGGUUAACACCGAGAAGAAAUUAAAUUGGACUACUAAGACUGUCUGUCUUGACUUAGAGGAAAGGAAGGUGGCUGCUAGUUCAUCUUCUAGUGAUCUUAACUAUCUAAAACAAAGUUUCAAAUUUCAUGAGCUUGUAGUGCAUGAAUCAUAAAAUAUUAUUUAUUAAAAAAAUUAUAUAAA